AUGGUAUUAGUCUACAGGCCUCCGCCAUCAAAAAAGAACAACCUAACACCUACUACGUUUUUUACUGAAUUUUCCGAUUUAAUCGAGGACCUUACUGUUUCCGAUAAACCAUUUUUUAUUGCGGGCGAUUUUAAUCUUCACAUUGACAACAAAUCAAACCCGGACACUGUAAAAUUUCUAAACCUAUUGGAUAGUACAAACAUGAUUCAAAUGGUGUCAGGACCCACUCACCGACGAGGCCACACCUUGGACCUGAUUAUAUCACAGCUUGACGAUGAACUUGUUAGUAAUGUAAAGAUACAACAAGAAAUGUACUCCGAUCAUCGUGUAGUCAAAUGUGAAUUAAAAUGUCCAAAGCCACCUUUGUCCAAAGUUCUCGUAUCCUACAGAUCCACCAAACACCUGGACCUAGAUACUCUUAAACACCGCAUUAUGAAGUCCUUUUCCGACCAUAAAAUUUCUGACGUUACUGAAAUUAAUGAAUUGAUAGAUAUUUAUAAUGGAUCUCUAAAGGAUAUUUACGAUUCUCUAUGUCCUAUACAAACAAGAGAGAUAAAUUAUCGUCCAUGGGCUCCUUGGUACAAUGAUGACCUACGUGCAGUUAAACGCGAGAAACGACGCUUGGAACGGAAAUUCAAGAAGUCUGGCCUUACUAUUCACAAAGAAUUAUUUACGGAAGUCUGUAAGAAGUAUAACAAAAUGCUAGAAAGUUAUAAGACCAGCUAUUACAGAGAUAAAAUUAAUCAAGCCGACAGAAACAAACUUUUCCGCCUUGUAAAUGGACUAUUCCAAAAGAAUAGCAAAGCCUUGCCAUCUUAUACAUCAUUGGAGCUCCUUGUUGAAGAGUUUAACGACUUCUUUAUCAAUAAAGUUCGUAAUAUUAGAAAUGAACUGGAACUGUACAAAGAAAACCUUGAAAUAACUAUAUCACCUCAAUCUCCGAAGCUGCCUCCUUGCAAGUUUAAAGAAUUUCAACUACCCAAUGAGAGCUCUGUGCAACAAAUCAUCAAGUCUCUGUCUACGAAGACCUGUUCGUUAGAUCCUAUCCCUACUCAUGUACUUAAGAAUCAUCUAGAAUCCUUGACUCCUAUAUUUACAGAUAUAGUUAAAACCUCACUCUCGGAAGGAGUAUUUCCAAACACACUAAAGAUAUCUCAUCUUAGUCCACGUCUGAAGAAGCCAGACCUUGAUAAAGAUCUAUUUCCAAACUUUAGACCGAUCGCCAACAUAGCUUUUCUUAGCAAAGUCUUAGAGAAAACAGUUGCGGUUCAAACACAAGAUUUCCUGAAUUCAAAUAACCUUUAUCCUUCUUUCCAAUCAGCUUAUCGAAAAUUCCAUUCUACAGAGACAGCGUUACUGAAAGUAACUAAUGACAUCUUAAGAACCCUUGACAAUCACCAGGAUGUCAUUCUUGUAAUGCUUGAUCUAUCGUCAGCUUUCGAUACCUUAGAUCACGAUAUAUUAUUGGCAAGACUUGAAUCAUAUUUUGGAUUUUCGGAUACAGUAAUAAAAUGGUUUAAAUCAUAUCUCACUGGACGUUCGCAAUCUGUUGUAAUUGGCGAUGUUGUGUCCACAUUAAGACAUCUUGAAUAUGGCGUGCCACAGGGUUCAGUCUUAGGUCCCUUGCUAUUUACACUCUACAUAGCUCCACUUGAAGACGUCAUAUCGAAAUACGACCUUGGACUUCAUGUUUUAUGCUGA